AUGAUUGUUGCUGUCAAAUUGGGUGGUGCAGCUAUUACCAACAAGAAGAAUGUUUGUGAGUAUGGACAAUCCCUAAACAAUCUUUUAGAUCAGGUUGAACAAGCCUACCGCGUCUUACAGGCACAGGGUCAUCAACUCAUUCUCAUUCAUGGUGCUGGUAGUUUUGGUCAUCCUCAAGCAAAACAGUAUCAAUUGAAAGCAGGCUGGGAAACAUCACUACCUGAUGAUAACUAUCGAAAGGGGUUUAGUCAUAUUAGAGCUUGCUUACAACAAUUGAACACGACCAUUAUUACAAAACUGGAAGAACGUGAUGUGCCUGUCCUGGCCAUUACUCCCAUUGACUACAUCACAACUUGGGACGGUGCUGAAGAAACGCCCACAGAAAGAUUCAGUCAAGGCCUAGUCACGCGCACCAAACAGUAUUUGGACUUAGGUUUCGUCCCUGUUCUACAUGGUGACGCCGUUUUAGACGAAAUGAGAGGAUGCACCAUUCUAUCAGGGGAUGUCAUUCUGUAUCACCUUUCAAAAUGUCUGCCUAUUGCUCGUUGUAUAUUCGUCACAGAUGUUGACGGCAUUUAUAAAGCAGAUCCCAAACUGAAGCAAGAACCCGAAUCUUUUGAAAUUGUGCCUCGUAUACAAGUGACAAAAGAGCUACAAAACAUCGAGACAGCUCAGUUGGCAGUGGCUGAUGUGACUGGGGGUAUGCAAGGAAAAAUAAAGUGGGCUAAAAAGAUUGUCUUGGACUGCAGAACGGAUGUAGUAAUCUGCCGAGCGGGCACCAAAGAAGUGAUAACUAUGAUGACCAUGCAAGACACGUUUACAAAUAAAAUGACCUUGUUUACUUUAUUUUAA